UAUUAUAAUAAUGAUGUUUAUGAAAAUCUAAUUCAGUCAUUAGCGCACCAGCAUUUUGUAAAGUUAACACAAUACAAGUCAUCAACAAAACAACCAUUCUCUCGGCUCUCGCUCUUUAUUAUUAUUAAUAACUUCCCUUUUAACUUUUUUUGUUUCUUUAAUCUCCCUUAGUAAUAAAAUUAAUAAUAAGUUAAACAAAAAUCAUGUAUAAUGCACUAACAGUUGACGAGGAUAAACAAGAACCUCUUUUGCAUAGAAAACAUGCAAAAUACUUUCUACAAUUCCUAAAUUUAUUGCCAGCACGUUUGGCCUCGCAUGAUUCAACAAGAGGAUCAAUUGCGUUCUUUGCAGUAUGUGGCCUUGAUAUAUUAAAUUCUUUGGAUAUGCUCAAAGAUCAUCAUAGAGACGGUAUAAUUGACUGGAUUUAUGGCGGCCAAGUUAUCCCUGACAGACAGGCGGGUAUACAAUGUGGCGGGUUUCAGGGAUCAAGGGCAUUGAAGAUCAUUUCGGACGAUCCAGUCUUACAAGCGAACGCAAAAUGCUACCAAUGGGGACAUCUCGCUAUGACUUACACUGGAAUUGCUACUUUGGCCACACUUGGAGAUGAUUUAAGUCGCAUAGAUCGCAAAGCUAUAGUUGAUGGGGUUGCUGCUGUCCAAAGACCCGAUGGAAGUUUUAGUGCUUCUGUGGAAGGCAACGAAUAUGAUAUGAGAUUUGUGUAUUGUGCUGCUGCGAUAUGUGCAAUGCUUGACUAUUGGGGUGAUGUUGAUAAGGAAAGAAUGGCCCAAUAUAUUCUUCAAAGUAUCCGUUACGAUUAUGGUGUUAGUCAACAUUUUGAAGCUGAAUCACAUGGAGGAACAACAUUUUGUGCAAUUGCAGCAUUAAGUUUAAGUGGCCAAUUAGAUAAAUUAAGUGAAAGUACAAUUGAAGGCAUGAAACGUUGGCUUAUCUUUCGUCAGAUCGAUGGAUUCCAAGGACGACCCAACAAGCCUGUAGACACAUGUUAUUCAUUUUGGAUAGGUGCAUCGUUGCAGAUCCUAAAUGCGUUCCAUCUCACAGAUUUUGAUGCAAAUCGAAAAUCGAUAAUAUCAACACAAGACAACGUAGUUGGUGGUUUUGCUAAAUGGCCUAGCUGUAGCACAGAUCCGUUCCAUACAUACUUUGGCCUGUGUGGUCUUUCCUUCAUGGACGAACCUGGUCUAUCCGAAGUUAUGCCAAGUCUAAAUAUCUCGAUACGAGUUUACAAACGUCUAAAAGAAAUCCACGAGAAAUGGCGAAUCGAAAACGUUGAUACCUUAACGACUACCUCACAAAACUAAACAAAUUUGCGCCCACUUUCACACUGACGCACGCUCCCGCAUCGCAUUAAAAGAAGUGAGGAGCAACCCCCACAGAUACACGCAAAUAGAAAAGUGAUUAUUUUUGUAUUAACUGAAACUUUGCAAGUACUUGAUUUUUAAAAUUGUUUUUUUUUUUUUUUUAUAUAUAUAAAUAUGCCAUACACAUAAGUUUAAUAAAUAAAUGAAAAGAAGAACAAAGAAGAAAGAAAACAUCGAAAGUAGAAAAGUUUUACACUCA